GUGCACCGGCUUCUGACAAGAUACAGACACUCGCUAGGGUGGCUGCCUUCUGAGCAAACCUGGCCAGUAGGACUCUGACAUGUGGAUAUUUUGCUCCUCUUCCUGCUACUGUAUUUUUGACGGUAGAGGUUCUUGCUACUCCUUUGCAUCUCCUUGUCUGUUUUUUUUUCUUUAUUUCCUAGUCCUGAAGUUUCUAAUACUGGUAUUUUUUGUCUGUGGUGCCAAAAAGGAGGAGUUAAGCAGGUCACUUGCCAUGCCUUCAGGAGCUGAUCGACUUUCACAGUAUGCUGUCCAAGUAAUCCUAACCCACAGCCACAGAGACAGUCUAAACAUGAGCAGGUGUCCCUAAUGCAGCUUUUAGCAAGAGACAGGAUCAGCCGGUAAAAACAAGACAAUCGGUACUGACUCGAACAGUAGUGACAAAAAUCCUUGGAUUGAGGAACACAUGCACUUUCUUGGUUGCCUGGCAAGACCACCUUUAUUAGCUUUGGACUGCUGCUCUUACUGACCAACUGUUUGCAAAGUGUUUAGGAGUUUGUGGAUACUGAUGUAAACAGGAAAUCGUUAUCUCCAGCUGCUAACGUUGCUGUUUGCAAAAGGACGACACAAUGUCUGUGCACUGCUGUGUUUAGGAGAGACCUAUGCUGUUGACAAACGUGGGAUGAAAAGACACUUGAAUUAACUUUCUUGUAAGUUUCUCUUAUUGCCUACUGCUGCACUUUGUGUUGUGUCAUUUCAUCACAGAAGAACCCAUUGAGAUGUUUGUUUGCUCUAACUACAGUAACCUUUUGAUCUGACAAGCAGGAGGUAAAAAAAACAACAGCCGAAAAGAAUUAGAUGCUGGAAAAGAUACAGCAUGAGGUGACGGAAGUCAGAACUGGGCUGUCACUUUGUGAGCAGUUAAGUUUGAGAAAGGUUGACAAAAGGACGGUGGUGUGUAUUAAGUAACUAAUGUGUAUAAGAAAUGAAGAAGGAACACUCCUGUGAGUCUUUCAGGAAGGUGCAGAAGUCUAGUUCAAUACCCCGUCCCCUCAGCUGGUUUAAUUUUUCUACUCUAACAAAGCAAACCAAAAGGCUGUUUCGUAGUGAUGGGGAACUUUCGUCAUCUGCACGGAGACAACAAGAGGAGGCUGAUGUUAUUAACUGGUCCCAUCUGGCCCAUCAGGGCAAAGCGGUUUCAAAUCUAGAUGAGGAAAGUAAGUGGACAGUUCAUUAUACAGCCCCAUGGCAUCAGCAAGAGAACGUGUUCCUGCCAUCAUCAAGGCCAGCCUGCGUAGAAGACUUACACAGACAGGCCAAGCUAAACCUUAAGAGCGUGCUGCGAGAAUGUGACAAGCUGAGGAAGGACGGACUGCGCAGCUCUCAGUAUUACUCUCAGGGCCCGACUUUUUUACCUGCUUCCAAAGAUCACUCUGAAGAAGAUGGCGUGGACUCAAAGCCUGCAGAGUACGUGUCACAGGAACAGGCACCUGGCACCAUCAAGAGGCCUAAAACACCAGUUUCAAAUGACCUGUCUGACAUUGACACAAAGACCAACUGGACCAAGUCACUCCCAUUACCAACACCUGAGGAGAGAAUGCGACAACAAGCACAGGCGGUCCCGGCUGAAGUAGUUCCUAUUGAUGUGUCUGGGGAAACUUUUGACCGUCAAGCCAACAUACGGCGGUCUCUAAUACACACAGACAAAGUGGUCAGACGGCCGAAGAAAAUCAAAAGGAGAAAGACAAUUACAGGUGUCCCAGACAACAUCCAAAAGGAACUAGGGUCAGAGCAAGGAGACUUCCGUGGACAUUCCAUGUACCUCCCUGGCCAGUACUCUACACUAGGGAGGUUGGAAAAUACACACUCAACUUUGAGGCGAUCCUUUACUCGGGAUUCCAGCUGUCAAACAGAUGAAAUUAAAAUUGUACCACCUUCAGUAAGGAGAAUCAGGGCACAGAAGGGUCAUGGCAUUGCUGCCCAGAUGUCACAGUUGUCUAAUUCAUCUGGAAAUAUGUCCACUUUAAGUGACACUGCGGGUGUGCUGUUUGCACCACGGGUCAUUGGAGACCUACGUUUUCACAGCCUGCCUAGGACAGGAGCACGAGUUUCCCUACAGCCAUUGGAACGGUCACACAGUGUUGUGAGCAGGUCAGAAGACUUGGCCAAUACAUUGCCACGUCCAAUAAAUAAAAUCCAAGUGGACCACAGUGUGGUACAUUUAAGAAACAAUCCCCGGACAAAUACACUUCCGAGACCAAAAUCCCAGGAAGUAAAAAGUUGCCAGGGGGAUAAAGUAUCAAGUCCUGCAUGUGUUGUUUCUCCACAUGCUUCUUAUUCAACUAUUGUAAUACCCAAUGCUACAUUAUCCACUUCUUCUGAAGUAAUUGUCAUUCAGACUUCACAGGGUCCAAAACAUGCAGACUGUAGGCCAGGAGGUACAUCGUCGUACUCAAAGGUUAAACCAGCAGAUGAUUCUGGUGCAGCCAUACACAUAAAUUUGAAAGAUGAUCAUCAUUCUUCCAGUGGGAAUUCAAGUGGGAGCAACUCUGCUCGCAACUCACAAGCUUCUGACACUAAUCCGUGCAUGACAGUAACUUCACCGUCUCUCUGUGACUCUGCUGUCUCUCUUAAUGCUGGAGCUAAUACUGAAAUGGAAUCUCAGAACUCCACACUUGAUCGCAGAAAUGGUAGCCGCUUCCCAGCUCAUGUCCAGGAGAAUAACUACCAAGAGUGUACCAGUUACUCUGAUGAUGUAAGGGAAUGUAAAAAUAUGAGUGACACAGAGCAGUGGGUUUAUCAGCGCUCUAGAAGUGGUGAGAAUUCUCCACAAAAGACUCCAUCAGAAACUUCAGGUUAUUCCACUCCAGUUAAUAGUGUGUACUGUAGUUUAGAUAGAUCCUCAACAAAGACAGACACAAGUUCACUCUAUUCUGUGGAUAACGAUGGCUACUAUACUUCUAUGCAUGUGGACUCUGGUCUUAAGUCAGAAAGAGAGCAGAGUUCAGCAUGGUGUGGAACAAAACAUAGUGCAGUCAGUGUAUCUGAAGAAAGUCAGUCCAGUAAAGAUGACCAGUUGAGCUACAGUGACAGGUCACUCAAACGUAAUAUUUCCCUGAAGAAAAGCAAGAAGCCACCUCUGCCACCUACAAGGACAGAUUCAUUGAGAAGAAAUUCCAAGAAGUCUUCAUCUAACAGGCAGGUCCUGAAUGAAACACUCAUAGCAACCCUUCAGCAGUCUCUCCAAUUGGAUCUCAACUGCAAAAAUAGUACUUCACCUUCUCCAUCUCCCAGUAGCGAUUAUGAUGAUCUUUGGGUGGGACGUUCCCGAAGCCAGAGUAGCAUUAGUGCAAGCAGCAGUGGGAUGUCUGUUACUGCUCCUAAUGUGUACUCAAUUUGUGCAGUAACCCCCUCGCAGAGUGAAGCCAGCAGUGACAGGACUGAGUAUGCUGAACGAUGGGGGUAUUAUGCGGAUGAUACAGGAAGAGCAGAUGAUCAGCUGAAGUCAUCAGAAGCUUACCCAGCAUGCAUCAGUGCUGUGCAUUGUGAUUAUAGCAUUGAAAAUCUAAAUAAUGAAGAAAGACCUUCUAUACCGCAAGUGCCCAUUAAGUUUGUAAAACCAAAGAUCGCUUCACCAGACAAAUCAAACAGAGUAACCUCUCCAUCUAGUGGUUAUUCAAGUCAGUCAAAUACCCCUACUGCAUCAACACCAGUGACUGUGCUGUUACAGUCAUUGUCUCCAGGAAGUGGAAAGCCCAAACCAAAAGUGCCUGAAAGAAAAUCUUCCUUGCUGUCAUCUGCAUCUGUUUCCUCAUCAUCAACAUCACUUUCAUCAGCUACUUCAGAUUCACAACCAGCAGUGAAGAAGUCCUGUACCUCUCCUAUUUCAACACCUCCAUUGACUCCCCCUCCACCAGUAGAUUCUGUACCCCUGCCCCCUGAGCCAACCACUCCCACAUUCCCACCUCCACCACCAGAAGACAUUAUGGAUUCCUCUUUUAUAGAUGAUAUUCCUGAUACAGAUAGUGAGUCACCAUUGCCACCACUUCCACCACCUCCUCCACUGCUUCCUAUACUCUCCAUUCUACCUCACACUCCCAGCCCCCUGGAACUACGAAGUAAACAAGCUCGGAAUUCUUCAAACAGUUGUAAUGUUAUGUCCCUAGACACUGUAGACAAGGCACCAUUUAAUCAACAGAGCCCUUCUAAGUCCACCAUGCCACUCAUAACUACUGAAACACUUCAGAUGGUACAGCUGAGGUCUGUAAAGAGAACCGAAAGAGCAGAAGUGGGAAAAAACAGUGAUGGCACAUGCAAAUCAUCAUACUGCAGACAAUCAGAGUCUUCUACCCCAGCAUUAUUUCUGAUAUCCAGGGACAAGAAACAACCUUCAGGUCCACCCACAGCAGUAAUUUCACCUACAACAGAAAACAACCAUGAGGUCAACAGUUGUGUGCUUGAAGAACCAGCAACCAAGAAUCAGGACAUGUUUUCAGAUCCUGACAAGAGGCUGAAUGGAGGAAAUUCAGGCAGAAGUCCCAAAACUACAUUGUUGGGAGCAAAACCUAAGUUAGAAUCUCAGGCUGUAAUUCACGGUCAGGACUGUCACUUCAGCCAAAAUAUUCAGUUGCCUCAGGAAAAAUGUACUUCUCCAGAUAAAACAUGUCCAGUCUCGCCAAGCAAGAAGCCACCCCCUGUUUCUAAGAAGCCCGCUUUGUCUCUCAUUAUUCCUCUUCCACAGCCAGAGGCAGCAGCAGAUGAGAAGAAACAGCAUGAGGAUGCAAAUGUAAGAAGCACACUUUCUCCAGUCUCUGAAAACUCAGUCACUGGACAUUCAAAAGUAGAAAAGGGUUGUAAUGAAACCCUAAACACAAAUGAAAUGAGCCCUGAUAGAUCCACACCUGUUCCUGUAUCUCCAUUAGCCAGACUGUUUCCAGAUGUUGAUUCCAUUGUUUCCAUAGUACAGUCACCAUUAAGGAAAGAUGAGGAAAGCAUAGAGCAGGAGAGGCAGGCCUCAGCCUCUGAACCAGCUUCUCCUUCUGAUCACAAUGGAGAUGAAACCACUACAGAGAACACUAGCUCAUACAAAGAAGACGAAGAUGAAGAAGAAGAAGAAGAAGAAACCGAUGAAAAUGGUGAUGUUUUUGAACCAACCACACCUACUGCCUCUGAGAUACCUAGGAGCAGCAGUGCAGACGAGAACAGUGAAGAGCGUACAACACCAGUAAGACCCAGGACAACAGAAGAUUUGUUUGCAGCUAUUCACAGAUCUAAAAGAAGAGUCCUUGGUCGUAAGGAUUCUGAAGAGGAUCGUUUAAGGAGUCAGUCUCUGUCUCCACCAGUGACCCCCACUGGGCCAGCACCUAAUUUGGGAUCCCUUCGUCAUACAGGAUCAAUUCAUAGAAGUACCCGUAAAUCCAACACUAGCAGUGACAAUUUCAAGGCUUUGCUGUUAAAAAAAGGAAGCAGAUCAGAAUCAGGGUCACGCAUGUCUGCUGCAGAGAUGCUGAAAAAUACUGACCCAAGACGAACAAGGGCAGACUCUGCCCCAGAGCUUCAGGACAGUCCUGCCACCUCUCCCAGUAAGAUUAAACGAUCCCAGGAAGAAUGGGCCAGAAGUGAGGGUGUUAUGCCCAGAAGUCUGUCUCACUCCAGUGCUAGAUACAGCAGGUCUCGAACUCCUCCUUCUGCCGCCAGCAGCAAGUACAGCGCAAGAAAUCGUACACAGAGUAGCCCUAUGACAGUUAUAUGCGAAGGAGAUAGUGAAGCAAUCGAUUCACAAGACGAGGACUGCACUCUGUCUGAAAACUCUUCUAGUGGGAAGCUGCCUCAGCAAAUUGCUGGCAACAGGACGGUUGAACUAGUUGGUAAGAGCAGCUCACUCUCAUUGGAGGACUCUAAUCAGCUCCUAGAGGCUGACUGCUUGAGUACCUCAGCCUCCAAACUAGACUCGCUGUGUAAUUCAUAGGGGUGGAAUGGCACUUUAACAGAGUGAUGUUGUGAUAUGUUAUCACAUUAUGAAGGAGUCUGAUCUCUGGCAAUGUUUAUGAGGUAACCUGUAUUGUCUCUGCCGCUCAAUAAGACACGCUGAAGUCGAUUUCUUGCAUGAGAUUAAAUCUGUAAGGUUGAGCUCCAUUAGCUGUGAAUAAUAGGGUACUGCCGUUUAGGGAUGGUGAUGGUGAGGAACAGUGAAGGGACUUUCAUGCUGCCUUUACUUUAUUCAUAUGCUACUGUCUCUUGAAGCAUUGGUGUGGUCAAGCAGUAAAGGGGAGCAUAUUUAUGGAGGUAACUAAAUGUUUCCUCACCGGAGGUAACUAAAUGUUUCCUCACCUGAGAGUUCAUUUACCUGCUAGCUGUAACAUUGAAGUGAACUUCAAAAGGCUUUUCUCUUGUUUUAGAGGAUGGAAAAAAGAAGGUCAGAAAGGGAUAGACACAGAAGUAAAGGUGUGUGCGCGUGUGCAUGGCAUGUUGUUUAAUUUUUAAGGUAUUCUUGAACUGCAGUGGUCGGAAUGUACACUAGUGAUGCUAAGUUGUGCUGCUGACAGGACACAAGUAAGAUAAAUGCUGAAGAAUAAGCAUUAGAUUUAGGCAUGUUGGAACAAAGAACUAAUUUCCUGUGUAAAUUAUUUACUCAGAUUUUUAAUGACAAUGUCAUACACUUCAGAAGUCAUGCGUGUCAACCUGAUGCAGUUUAAUGCAAGAAAGGAAAGCACACAGCGUAAUUUAGAUGAAUUAUUUUGAGACUGCAGGGAGUUUUUAAGCAAUAGAACUAAUACAGAUGAGCAAAAAAAAAUGCAGUGAAGACAAAAGCAAUAAUCCACUGCCGCCAUUUCAACAUUGCAGGUUUUAAAACUUUUUGCAGUUUUUCACUUUUAGGAACUUGCACUACAUUUUUGUUAACAAAUGUUUCAUUUUUUUAAAGAAUAAUGGCUUGUUUGCCAGAAAUUGUUCUGUAAACAAAAUGAGAGCAGUUAAAGUGACUGAAUAAAUAUAAAAAUGCCUGUCACUUGUUAACGAGUUUCCAUAAACUUGCUAUAUUUUGUUUACCAAAGACUGAUGGUUGUUUUCUAUUUGACUCCAGUAUUUAAUAAAAAAAAAAUAUCAGUUUGCUUUUAUAAAUAAAUCUAACAUUGGGUUAAUAACUUUUGCAUUUCUUAUUUUUGGAAAUGUUGGGUUAAUGACAUUUGCAUUUCUCCUUUUUGGAAAUGUUAGUACUUUUUUUGAUUUAGCUUAAGUGAAAGGUAACAGGACAUAAUUCAUGAUUUAAUUUUUAAAGUGAAAAGUUGCAUCUGCUUUCCUUUUUGUCAAGAGUCUUUUGUAUUCUUUGUAAAUAUAUAGAAAUUGUAAAUUUAUCUUUAGUUCAGUUUGUAAGUUAGCAUUUGUACAUUUUUUAUGCUUUCCAAAAGAAACAUUUGUAGGUUAUUUAUUUUAGUGGAGUAGAAAUGCUUGUGACUUUCCUUUUGAAUUUCUCUGCUAUUUAGCAGUACUGUAAAUUCAGGGGCCUUUACUUAUUGAUGUCUGCAAAAGGAAAAAAAAAAAAAAGAAAGAAACUGAUGGAGGAUAUGAAUAUAGUAGAUGUGAUUCCAAGUUUCAAAUAAAGUAAGGCUACUGAGUUUCA